CAGUAUGCGGCUGUCCUGGGUCACGUGAAGGGGGACGGGCGGGUUCAGCGCAGAUUGCAGCCGCGGGCAGGGCUGGUCCUAGUCCCCUGAGCUGAGUCCCGUAGGGAAGGUGGCAGCGACACGCGCCGAUGAAAGCUGCCUGCUGCGUACUGUUGCUGUCCCUGUUGAUGGUCUCACUGCUUCGAACCGUGUAUCAGCGUCUCUUUUCCAUGGCGGCUGAAGCCUAUACACCCGGGAGCCUGUCAGCUGCCUUUGUCACCUGCCCCAAUGAGAAAGUGGGCAAGGAGAUUGCAAGGGCAAUGGUAGAGAAGCACCUGGCUGCCUGUGUCAACAUCAUGCCUCAGAUCACAUCCAUAUACGAGUGGAAGGGGAAGAUCGAAGAGGACAGGGAGGUGCUGCUGAUGAUCAAAACCCGGAGUUCCCAGAUCCCAGUACUGACCGACUUUGUCCGGUCGGUGCACCCAUACGAAGUAGCAGAGGUGAUUGCGCUGCCCAUCCAGCAGGGAAACGCACCAUACCUGCAGUGGGUUGGGGAGACUGUGCCAGAGUGAGACCCCCCCCCACCCCACAGCAGGGGACUGUCUGCCCCUACUCUGCCUCAGUGUCCCUGUUUUGAGACACCACAGGAACAGGACUCACUCCAUGGAUUUUGUGUGUGUGUGGGGAUCUGCAGCCAAUAAACUGCCCUCAACGCACCAAGCAACAGGGUUGGCUCCUCAUUCACAGCACACACAGCCCUGGUGUACUUGGGGAGUGAGAUGGCACCUGAGAGCCAGGACUCCUGGGUUCCCUUUCUGGCUCUGAUGGGGGAGUGUGGAGUUGUGGCAGUGGAGGCUUGCCUCCUGGGUUCUAGCCCUUUCUGCAAUACAGCAGCUUGUGGUGCCCUCCCUCCAAUGACCAGGCUGAGUCUGGCUGCAGCAAGCUCUUUAUUGCAGGUGUCAGUUUGUACAGUCAGAAUGGCGGUGGUGACAACAGCAUCAGCACACAGGGAUGGGGGAGAGGGCACAGCUGGCCUGUGGGGAGGGGAACAUACGCCAUCUGUACAGCAGGUUACAAGCAGGAUGGAUGACUGUGCUGGGGGGCACCCCUCUCUUCCCAGGCCUUUGGGAGCUGCCACCUCCCAUUCCUGUGCCCCCAUUUUGCCUUGGCCAGCCCAAUUGUGGCAGGGUGCCCCAAGCUCUGUCCUCGCACAUUGCACUUCAUUAAAUAGAAUUUUUACAGAAUAAUAAAAAAGCAACAAGAAAAUAAA